UUUGUUAGAGGCUGCACUGACCCCAAAUAUUCUGAAAUGGCCAAAAUGUCCUCUUCCGUGGAACUACACCAGAAAUUAAAUCGCUUGGAAGCCAGUUUGAUGGCGGAGAACGAAGCCAGAAAGAGAGACAGACUACCCAUAGAUUUGAAGCAUGAUUCCCCCAAAUCACACAGGCAAAGACCGGUUUUGCCAAGCCUAAUGGAUUUGUCUUCAAUGAAAUCACAAGCUCUGAAUUUGCCGGAUCAUGGCCAGGCAGCGUCUAGAAUCGGCGGUGUUCAAGGUGGAAAGCACAAGGGCAAAGAUUUCAACUUUCCCCGGUCGUCGGCACCUCAGAGAAACUCCAUUGACAGCCGGGAGAUUGAGAGGAAACUCCAAGAAAUCAUGCGACAGACUGGCAAACUGACUGUUGAUGGAAGACGUGUGCCUUUCAACAUAGACUCACUGGAGGCAAUAGAUGAGCUGGGGUUCGGCAGCUGUGGGCACGUAAUACGAAUGAGACACAAGGACACUAAAACCAUCGUUGCCGUCAAGCAAAUGAGACGGUCAGGGAAUAAGGAGGAGAACAAGAGGAUACUGAUGGAUCUGGAGGUCGUUCUUAAGAGUCAUAACUGUCCCUUCAUUGUGCAAUGCCUGGGUGCCCUAGUCAAUCCGAGUGAGGUUUGGAUCUGUAUGGAGCAGAUGGCCACCUGUCUCGAGAAACUCCUCAAGAAAUUACGGGAACCCAUCCCAGAACAGAUCAUCGGCAAAAUGGUGUUUGCAAUUGUAAGUGCUCUGGAUUAUCUGAAAGAAGUCCAUGGAGUCAUGCACAGAGAUGUGAAACCAUCCAACAUGUUACUAGAUGAGAAGGGAGUGGUCAAGCUGUGUGACUUCGGUAUCAGUGGUCGGCUGGUGGACUCCAAGGCGCGGACACGGAGUGCUGGCUGUGUGGCUUACAUGGCGCCUGAGAGAAUCGACCCGCCAGACCCAGCCAAUCCAGAUUACGACGUCAGAGCGGACGUGUGGAGCCUGGGAAUAUCCUUGGUGGAGUUAGCAACAGGGGAGUUUCCCUACAAGAACUGCAACAAUGACUUUGAAGUCCUGGCCCGUGUCCUAUCGGAGGAGCCGCCCAGACUCCCACCAAAGCGAGGCUUCUCAGUCGACUUCCACUCCUUUGUCCAGUGCUGUUUGACAAAGGAUUGUAGUCAGAGGCCCAAAUACAAGCAACUCAUGGAGCACAGCUUCUUCAAACGCUAUGAUAUAGCCAAGGUGGACGUUGCGUCGUGGUUUGCCAUGGUCAUGGCCCGGAUUGAGCCCACACGGUCCCACUCAGCACCCAGGUUACACAUGGGAACCUCCACUUGAGGAACCGGGCUUAUCAGCAUAUUAUCUUAGAACUGAUGUGGUGAUAUGGUAUACUAUGUACACAACUUCAUGUAAUUAUCCACAGUUCUGUAGCAGUGUUGUAGUGGAGUACUUGUGGAUGGUGGGUACCAGUUGGAAUACCCGAGUACAAGUACUAGUAUGAACUUUGAAUACAAAGUACUCUAGUUUGAGUGCUGCAACACUGGCUUAUUGUUACACGGUAUCCUGACUUUUUUUCCUCCACCCCUGUGGAUAGACUGAUCCUUUAAGCACACCCCUUGAUGCUUUGUCCAAUCAUACACGUACCUGUAGUUGUGAUCAUGACCCUCCUAUGUGGGAAUUCAAUAUUCAGAGCAAUAUGUAAAACCCUUUAAAACACUGCAGGUCAGUUUUAGGAGAAGGGACAUAAAGUACCAGUAUUAAAGGGACAUUACGUCCUGAAAUGUGCCCAGUUGGGCUACAAAAUGCAUUUAAAACGAACUGAUGUUAAUAGGAAAGAGUAUUUAAAUGUAGGAUAAAAAUAUCCAGACAACCAUCCUUUAAAAACGGGGAGUUUUGUGUUAUUCUUGUUAGAAUGAAUUUUGAGGGUUCAAACUUUUGACUAUCAAAAUUCGAGCUGUUUGGCCGCUAGUUGUGAAUCCUGCCGCACGUGUUCCACCAGUGCAUCGCAUUUUGCGGAUGUGCGAGAAACAACAUUGAUUUUGUAUAUUGGCACUGUGUGUGUUAUGUGUCACACACACAACGAGUACCGUACAUUGGAUGGGCACGGCUGGAAGUACGUAUCCAAAUGCGCGGCGCGUCAGAAGUAAACAACCAGUGUUUUCUUUUUACCGUCUUAUCUCGUUAACAGUAAAACAUUAGUUUAGUUUUUCAACCAGACCUUUGAAAUGGGAUUAGUAAACAGUCCAAAAUGUAAAAUGUUUGGGGAUUUCAGGCAGUAAUGUCCCUUUCAAGCAUAGAGCAAAACUGUUGAACAAACAAACACAAAGCACUGGGGAGAGUGAGGCGUGACCGAAUAUCCACCUGCAUAUGCCCUGAUGAGCUUAACCCUGGUGAGC